CUCAUCAAUUUCCUGCUGCGCACGCGUGAUAAUUAUCAACAUUGACACGACCGCAACGACGUAAACGAAAAUGCGUGACGGCCGGUGCACUCGUAAAUGAAACAUCGUGAGAAAAUUCUCCCGGCAAAGUGUACAACGAAAUCGUCGAGUAAUCUUCACUUCAUUUUGAUUUCAUCGGGAGAAAUUAACGCCGCGACUUCAUUGAUAUCAUUCGAAUGCAGCCACGCCGCAAUCUCUGCCACUGGCGAUACUGGCGCUAUCUUUCGAUGCCGAAGAUUCCUAUUAUCCGCCGAAUGUCAUUUCCAAUCCUCCGAAUCAUCGAAAAUCCUUGACAGUUCGUCCCGACGCGUUAAAAGUACCGAUCGACGAUCGGGAGAUUGUGAUCUAUCGAACAAAUGCGGUGUCUUUAUGAUUUUGCAUCGGUCUUUAUAAUAUCGAACUGCAAGUACGAAUCGCCAAGCUGAAAAAAAAAAACACGGAUUUACGAGUCUGUUUUACGCAAUACAAAGUGCACCAAUUGGCGAUACACGUGACGAUUUUUCCUUGAUAUGCCAGAAGUGUAUCAUCCUCGGUAUCGUCGCUAUAUUUCCUAGUUCCUUGAAACAAUUGAUUCCAAUCUGCCUUGUCAGUAAACAUGGCGGCAAUGGAUGGUGACACGAAGCUUGAUAUGUACGAUGAUGUCACGUACACUGUGGAUCCUCAACACAUUGAGGGUGAGAUGACAGUAGGUACAAGGCAGAAAUCCACUUUGGGAGAGCCAGAAUUUAACACAUUAGAUGAGCCUAUCAGAGAUACAAUUUUGAGGGAUGUGCGCGCAGUAGGCAAGAAGUUUUUUCACGUUUUAUACCCUAAAGAGAAGAAAAGUCUACUGAAAGAAUGGGACCUAUGGGGACCAUUAGUAUUAUGCACAUUUAUGGCAAUGAUACUGCAAGGUUCUGCCGAUACAACGAAUUCAAAUGACGGAGGACCAGAAUUUGCGGAAGUAUUUGUUAUUGUCUGGAUUGGAUCUAUGGUUGUUACAUUGAACUCCAAAUUAUUGGGUGGAAAUAUAUCCUUCUUCCAAAGUGUUUGUGUCUUGGGAUAUUGCCUAUUACCAUCUGCCAUUGCGCUAAUUUUAUGCAGAAUAAUUCUAAUAAUGCAGCAAAAUACUCUCCUAUUUAUCAUUAGAUUUAUGAUCACUAUAACUGGAUUUUUGUGGGCAACGUAUGCAUCUAUGGCAUUCCUUGGCGAUAGUCAACCUGCAGGGAGGAAAGCAUUAGCGGUAUAUCCGAUUUUUCUAUUUUACUUUAUCAUAUCGUGGCUAGUUAUAUCGCACACCAUAUAAGACACAAUACAAUAACUGAUCUGUCACAAGACUGUGCUUUGCUCCCGCCUUCUGUAUAAAUUCCAGAAGACAAAGAAGAAGGACAACGGAAGGAAAUGCAAGUAUUUAUACAUGAUAUUUUCCAAGUCCCGUAUUUGGACAUAUAUUCCAAUAUCAUGCUUUUGUGAAUAAAACACACAAACACACACACACACACGUAUAUAUAUAUAUAUAAUAUAUAUAUAUAGUAAAGUCAAAUCAAAUAUUUAUUACCUCCUUAGAAUGUCAUUCAAUAUGUCAAUUAUAAGAUUUGUAAUUAUAUUUAAUCCUACUAAUUGCACACUACAAUAUCGAGCUAAAUUUAUCGCCGGUACAAAAAUAUUCUAUACUUUUCCUCAAUGAAAACCUUAUCCAGAUUAGUAUAUAUUUAUACAAACUUGAUAAGAUAAACCGAUUUCUUGUACCUUUGA